GAUAGGCGGGACCACCUCUAGAUGACACAGCUUUCAAGUUAUCAGGGAAAAUAUACAAUAUACACACAGGCCACAGCUAAAAGUUGAGUGCGAAUCGCUAGCGUUUCCCCUUGUCACAGUCCGAACUCAAGAGUAGACACCAUGUCCGGCUCCGGUCUCGACGAGAAUCCCUUCGGGGAGCCCAACCUGGACAAUCCGUUUGCGGACCCCGCCAUCCAGCAGGCACGGCGUCUGCAGGGCGGCGCCCUCGUCUCCCUGGAGGACUACAAUCCAUUCGAGGAGCAAGCGAAGCCGCAGCUGCAGAUCAACUCGACGAACACGGCGGCGGUGGUGCAGCCGCUGUCGCAGAAUGUACCGCCCCCGCAGACCAGUUCGCUGGGCGCCUCGGCGCCGAGCACCAGCAUACAGAUCACCUCGGAGGAGCUGCAGCGUCGCCAAGAGGAACUGGACCGCAAGGCAGCCGAGCUGGACCGUCGCGAGCAGCAGCUGCAGGGCAAUGUGUCGCAGUUGAACAAUUGGCCGCCGCUGCCGGAUAACUUCUGUGUGAAGCCAUGCUUCUACCAGGACUUUGAGGUGGAGAUACCGCCCGAGUUCCAGAAAUUGGUCAAGCGCUUGUACUACAUUUGGAUCUUUUACACCAUGACGUUGUUGGCCAACGUGAUCGGCGGUCUCAUUUUGCUGUUCCAUGCUGGCCAAUUUGAAACCUUCUUCCUGGCCAUUUUCUACACGCUGCUCUUCUCGCCUGCCUCCUAUGUCUGCUGGUUCCGACCGGCGUACAAGGCCUUCCGCAACGAUUCGAGCUUCAACUUCAUGGUCUUCUUCUUCAUUUACUUCUUUCAAACCCUCUACUCGAUCGUCCAGGCAGUGGGCUUCGAGAAGAUGGGCUACUGCGGCUUCAUCACGUCCAUUGCCCAGUUCGAUGGCGAGGCGUCGGGCAUCAUUGUGGGCAUUCUGCUGCUGAACAUCUCCUUUGCCUUCGCGGCGGUGGCCGUGGCCAAUGUGCUGAUGAUCACCAAGAUCCAUACGAUCUAUCGCAGCACCGGAGCCAGCAUGGCCAAGGCCCAGGCGGAGUUCACCACGGAGUUUCUGCGGAAUCAGCAUGUCCAGGAGGCGGCAUCCUCGGCGGUCAAUACCGCCAUUAAUUCGCAGUUUAACAACAGCAGCAGAUACUAAGGACGUGCCUUCGUGUAUCCGGGAAAUGAAAUCAAUCAAUCAAUCACGAUGAAAACUCAAGCAAGAGGCAGAGAAAGCUGAAACACAGACAGAGAGACAGAGAGACAGAGAGACAGAGAGAGGGAGAUGAUGAGAGAGGGAUGGAAGGAAUCCCCCUUGAUUCGGUGAAUUAGAAAGCAAAUGAAAACAAACACACACGAGCGCAUUAACCUAAUAACUAUUUGCUUUUGUGCAUCAACAAUUCCUAGAAUGCCGUCGUCUUUAUUACAAUUAUAAUUAACUGUAAUGUUAACACACACACACAAGAAACCACAUA